AUGCCGCGUGGUGCCGAUGAUGAGCUGCACGCUCCUCUGGAGGGAGCUCUCGGACCACUUCUUGUCCUUGAAGCAAACAUCUUGAAGAACGUCGAGAUCGUACUGGAGAAAGUUGAGGCGAAAACAGAGGAUGCACUCACAGCUUACCGUAAGGCAUCCCAAGAGGACGAGAACGGAGAGGUAGACAACAGCGAGGGCUUACUGCUGAGUCUGAAGUCGUUUUGCUUGAAAAUGGACAUUCUUGGGUUUUGGAGGUUCAUCAUUGGGAAGAAGAAAGAGUUGGACGUGUUGAGGGCUCAGAUGCCUCUGGCUCUGGCUGAGUGCGUGGAUCCGCCGAGGUUCGUGCUGGAAUCGAUAUCGGAGGUGUUUCUAGUGGACAAGAGGGUGGAGAAGAGCGAUAGAGUGAAUGACUUGGGCUGGGCUUGCGUUCUGGUGCUAGAGUCGCUAAUACCGGUGGUGGUGGAUCCGAUGAUCGGGAAGUCGAGGCUGCUGGUGACGCCAAGCAUGAAGGAGCGUGCCAAGGAAAUAGCCGAGACGUGGACGGCAAGCCUGGAGGAGCGUCAUGGGAUCGAGAACGUGAAGACAUGCCUUCAAGCUUGUUAG